UCCAGGGCCCACGAGAAUAACGUCAUAGGCCGCAGCAUGGGGGCCAUGGAGACCACCAAGCUGCCCAGCCUCGCCCCGAAACCGGGAGGCGCACCUGGCCCCGACCUGGCCGCCGCCCGGACGGCCUCUCGCGUCGCCGUCGCCUCGUCCCGCAAGACGUCGACGACUAAUCACGCGUGCGUGCAGUGUCGGAGGACAAAGACAAAGUGCGACGGGAGACACCCCUGCGCCAGGUGUCAGUUCAACGGGCACACGUGCGCAUACGACACGCGCACGCUGUCGGGCGACAGGCUGAACAAGCUCACGCAUGCGUUCAACCAGCAGAAGGAUAGGCUUCAGCAGCUCGAGACCAUCCUGGCGGCCAUGAGGACCGGGACUGAUGCGGAGGCGGCCGAGGUCAUGGCCUGGAUCAGGAUAGGGGAGCCUGUUGAGUCGAUCGUUUCCUAUCUUGAGUCGAGGUCCAAGUCGGUCGUCAUCUCUGAAAGGCUCCUCGGUUCAAGCGGCGAAGCACAGAACAAGUUCAUCGAGACGCUCUUUGACAGGACGGAAUGGGUCCAAGGCGUGACCAUCCCAACAGAGGCUGUGUCCAUCGAUCUCAAAGCCCGCACCCAGUGCUACUUUUCAUCUAAUUUCGGAAACCUCCCCUUCUCCAGUGGCAUCAAAGCAAACCACUACCCUCCUGAAGCUCAGAGGAGUCAACUCCAGAACUACUAUGCCAAGCACAACUGGGCCAUGAUGACGGCCAACGACGGGCACGGCAUGGCGUCGGUGACAAAGGCGUGGGCCGACACCAUGAACAAGGCCCGACAGCUCAUCGCCUCGGGGGUUAAGCCCGACGAGCUCACUGGGGCCUUCCCGACGGUGGCGGCAUUGUUUGACAAGAGGGAGUACGACACUGCGCCCAUGAUCAGCAAGUGGGCGGUGCAGUUCAUAUAUAGUUCUCGACAUCAAGACUAUUCGUUUACUUCUAUGGCUUCCGUGUGGAUUGUAUGGGUCGUCAUGAGGUGGAUGAUCAAUCCGACACCAGAUACAUACUCGGCAAUGCCAGAUUGGAUCCGGCCAACUGAGCUCCAGGUUUUUGUUCCACACAUCGACAUGAUCGACUGCAUCAUCUGGCCCUACUUCCGAGACUACGUGAUCCAACGCCCUGAGAUGCAACAUGGUGGCCUACAGUGGCUCGCCGCCUGCACAGCAGGAGUUAAAGUGUCCUGGGCGGGAACAGUCGAGGACGCCUUAUGCGUUGAUGAGGCGACGGGGAAGAGGAGGCUGAAUGCAGAAGCCGAGGCAACACUACGAGACCUGAAUAACUGGACCCUCGCAGCGUCAUAUCGCGCAUUCAUGCCAGGGAUUGACGGAAACAUACCCAUACGGACGAUGGAAGACUCUGUGCAGGAUACCCGAGAGUUAUAG